UUAUGUCACAUGUUUUAUAUUGAGAUUAAUAACAAUUUUAACAUUUCAAGUCACAUCGAAUCAAUCGACUGCUCAUGAUGAGCAUAAUCAAGAAGUUAUAUCGAUUCAUUCGACUGCUCAUGAUGAGCAUAAUCAAGAAGUUAUAUCGAUUCAUUCGACUGCUCAUGAUGAGUGUAAUCAAGAAGUUAUAUCGAAUCAAUCGACUGCUUAUAAUGAACGUAAUGAGUGUAAUGAACGUAAUGAACGUAAUAAAAUUAAUGAAUGUAAUGAAUAUAAUGGAUGUAAUGGAUGUGAUAGAUGCAAUGGAUGUGAUAGAUGUAAUGGAUGUAAUGGAUGUGAUGGAG